GGCAGUAACGAAGUCUGCACAGAUACAAAUACUGAAAGUGUGUUUCGUACAAGAGGCAGAUCCGCUGGAUGUGGGUCUUGUCACCGAUGAACCAGAAGAGCUCAGCUGCAGAAUUCAAGACGAGACAAAAAGCGCAAAGCCUCACUGCCUCAGGGCUACCUAUCCUCCGUCUGGCUGGCGUCAAGGUGCGGGGACGAGGGAGUGAGCGCCCACUCGGUUAAAACUAUCUGACAAAAUGACACCCCAAUGACUCCGCACCUACCUUGGUAGAGACACAUAGGUUGGGAUGGCGAAGGAAACGAAAGGGAAAGCCGCUUCCCGCCAGCACAGUGCCUCCCACUGGCGGAUGCAGGACAUUGCACAGGAGUCUGUUGACAGCUCAGAUGAGGAGUUUUUCGAUGCCAGAGAUGUGCUGGAGGGGAAGAGUGCCAUCCUCCUGGGGAUGAGCCAGUGGAACUCCAACGACCUGGUGGAGCAGAUCGAGACCCUGGGACACAUGGACCAAUCACAAGGGAGCCUGUAUCGCCUGGGGCGUCCUCGAUGUGUCCCUCAGAGCAGCAUCGAUGGGUUAGAGGACAUGGAGAAGACCCAGUGUAAGACCCACGUGUUGCUGCUGGUGUUGCAUGGUGGGAACAUCCUGGAUACGGCAGGGGCAGACCCUGGCACCAAGGCUGGCGAUGCCACCACGCUGUCCUCUGUGCUGGAGAAGGUGGCUCGGGCACACUUCCAGGCCGCAGCAGAACAUGUGAUGAUCAAGCUAGUGGCCUGCCCGGCUGUGUGUGCCGAGGCCUUCUCCCUCGUCUCCAAUCUGAACCCAUACAGCUAUGAUGAGAGCUGUGUGUCCAGCAGCGUUGACCACCUGCCCCUGGCCGCCCUCCCGCUCCUCGCCAUCGCAGCGCCACACUACCAGGACGCCGUGGCAACCCUCAUCACCCGCGCCAACCAGGCCUACCACAGCUUCCUCGUGUCCCAGGACGGACAGGGCUUCACUGGACAGGUGUGUGUGAUGGGCGACUGUGUGGGAGGUGUGCUGUGCUUCGACGCCCUGUGUUUCAGCAGCAGCAGUAGUAGCAGUCAGAGGCAGCACAGCAGCCCCAGCAGCAGCAGGAACAACAGCACUGAGAGCCUCAAGGAUGACCCUGAGGACAGCCCCUGUCACAGCCCCAGCCUGGGCCUCAGCUCCAGUAAGAGGCUGAGUAAGAGUAACAUUGAUAUCUCAGCCCUGCCCAGCGAUGGACACAGCCAGGCCAGACAACCCCUCAGCAGGAAACAGAGUGACUCGUAUGAUGGAGACACAUCUACUGGACAACACAGCUUCUUCAGCAGUCUGAUGCAGGAGGGGGUGGACCUGCGUCCCGGCAGCAGCAGUAGUCUGAUUUUGAACCCAGGGAGGUUUGACUUUGAGGUCUCUGAAUGUUUCCUGCUGGGCUGUCCACUGGGUCUGGUGCUGGCCAUGAGACGCACGGUACUGCCUGCUGUCCAGGUAAGCCAACUCCGUCCUGCCUGCACCCAGAUCUUCAACCUGUUCUACCCCUCGGACCCCUCUGCCUCCAGACUGGAGCCCCUGCUGGAGCCCCUCUUCCACAAGCUGCCCCCCUUCCCCAUGCCACGCUACCAGCGCUACCCCCUGGGAGACGGACGCUCCACACUUAUAGCUGACAGUAUCCAAAGUCACCCAGAGGUUUUCCUGGAGGCAGAGCCCAGUCCUGGUGCCCCAACCAUGCCCCCUUCCCCUGGGACAGACAGCAGUGGAAGGGGAGGAGGAGGAGGGCGCAGAGCCAGUGUGACCAGCGUGGACAGUGAGACGUCCUUCUGCUCUGUGGGCCGGAUGAGUAGCACCAUCACCAACAUUUCCAGUAGCUGGUGGGGCUCUAAGAGGUUGGACUAUUCUCUGUACUGUCCAGACGUGUUGACCUCCUUCCCCACCGUGGCACUGCCUCAUCUCUUUCAUGCCUCCUAUUGGGAGUCCACUGAUGUAGCUGCGUUUCUGCUCCGACAGCUCAUACGAUGCGACAGUGUGAAGGCCCAGGAAGCUGACAGCAAGGACUCAGCCCCCUUCUCUCCAUCCAGCCCACGGGAGAAGUGGCUUCGCAGGAGGACGCAUGUCAAACUGAAGAAUGUGACUGGCAACCACAGGGUGAAUGAUGUCAUUGCCACAGAGGAGGGACCACAGACGCUGGUUGGUCGGUUCAUGUACGGCCCACUGGACAUGGUGACUCUGACUGGAGAGAAGGUGGACAUUCUCCUAAUGACCCAGCCCCAGUCCGGCCGCUGGGUCCACUUUGACACAGAGGUGACCACCAGUAGUGGCAGAGUGGUCUACACCAUCCCCAAGAGCAAGAAGCUGGCCACCGGGGUCUACCCUAUCAAAAUGAUGGUCAAGGGAGAUCAGACGAGUGCAGAGGCCUACCUGACGGUGCUGCCCAGGGGGAUGGAGUGUGUGGUGUUCAGCAUUGAUGGCUCCUUCGCGGCUAGCGUCUCCAUCAUGGGCAGCGACCCUAAAGUCCGCCCCGGAGCAGUGGACGUCGUCAGACACUGGCAGGACCUGGGCUAUCUUAUCAUCUACAUCACAGGGAGGCCAGACAUGCAGAAGCAGCGGGUGGUGUCAUGGCUGUCCCAACACAACUUCCCCCAGGGCAUGAUCUUCUUCUCUGAGGGCCUGGUCCAUGACCCACUGAGACAGAAAACCAUCUUCCUCAGGAACCUAGUGCAGGAGUGUCACAUUAAGAUCAACUCAGCCUAUGGCUCCAUGAAGGACAUCUCCGUGUACAACAUGCUGGGUCUGAGUCCUUCCCAGAUUUAUAUUGUGGGCAGGCCUUCCAAGAAGUACCAGAAUCAAUGCCAGUUCCUAAGUGAUGGCUAUGCAGUGCACCUCUCCUCACUGCAGUUUGGCCACCGGACCAGACCCAAGAAGACCUCCUCGGUCCGCAUGGUCCUGAGGAAAGGCUCCUUCGGCCUCUCUGCCAAACCUGACUUCCUGUGUAAACGCACCCACCUGAGGAGAACCAUGUCUGUCCAGCACCCUGACCCUCCCUGCACCCCCAACCCUAAGCCUGAGCGGGCCCAGAGCCAACCAGAGUCUGACCAGGAUCCCGGGGGAGGAGGAGGGGGCGGCGGCCAUGGUGUCUGGGGGCGGGCCUCCAUACACCGUGGAGACACCACACCCUGACAGGCAGAGAGAGAUGGAGGGAGGAUGGACAAGGAGGAGGACAAGGGUCUCAUUGUCCAGGGCCAAGUGUUGUCACCUAUAUUGGAUCUCUGCUGGUAUCAGUUGUGUUAACCUACUGCUUGGCUGCUUGGCCCUCUACACAUCUUGAACAGCUUCUCCACUCCCAGGACUCAAUAGAUCAUGUCUAAUAUUCCUCAAGCGUUCACCUAAUGCGGCCUCUCAAGCUCAAAUUACGUCCAAGUUUUUUCAGUGGCAGUGCUAUUGAAACAGUAUGUUAUAUUUUGUCAAGCAAAGAGAGAGACACUUUGGUCAUUUGUAUCAUGGUGCAGAAACACUUGCUGCAGAACAGGAGAUCAACACACAGACGCUACCACAGUCAAAUGCUAGAAGACUCCCUCUCGUCCCCCACUGGGAAUAGUAACAGAGGAGAUCCUGUUGAAACCUAUGGAGCAAUGUUCUAGCCCAAGCAAUACACCACCAGGAGAUGUUCUAGACAGUGUGUUCAUUGACCUGCUGUGUUGACAGGUGGCAGAGCUACACUGACAGACUCCUGCAAUUAUCCUUUAUAUAAAUAGGACAGACAUCUUGUCCCUCUCUAUGGUCUGUGUCCCCAGGAGCGCUGUGGGCCUCUGGCUGCUUCACACUGGGGACAUUAACCUUAUGUUCCUCAGCCGGCUGACCUGACCUAACCCCACUCCAGCCUCAGCCCUAUAGCCAUCCAUCCCUCUCUCAUUCAGUCAGUCAGUGAGGCAGAACACGGCUUCAGACAGCAACCUGGUAGGGGGUCCAUGGCCACUGAACCGACGACAGAGUGGACAGCCGAACGUUUCUCUGUCUUUCACUAUCUAAGUACUACAGUAUACCGCGGUGCUUGGUGUUCUGUAGUUCUGAAUCCUAAAGGAUGUGUUGUAUCUCAGCACACUCGCUGCAGGCUGUGACAAUGCCUGUGGAAUGCUGAAUCCUGCUGGCUCAGAUACAAUAGCGGGAUUUGCUUGCUGUUGUUGUGAUCUUAUAUCUAACCGCAGAUGUUGAACUACAUGUUAUACUCCGUCUCUGUCAGGAUCCUGGGCAUGUAUGGAUGGACUGAGUAUGAUGUGCUUUGUAAAGCUGUUUGAGGGAAUGGUUGUACUGAAUUGACCGAAAUUCUUUACAGGGUUGUGAUGAGAUAGAGUCAGACAUCAGAGUAGUCAUGACGACCUCACAUGAGGAAUGAUGAAACAACUGAUUGAAUGUUGUUAUUGUCAGAAGUCUAAAACAUGGAACUGACACUUAGAAGUGAAUAUGUUCUAUUAACGGUAUAUCUUGCAAUAGAUCCUAACUUUCUUGUCAGGUGAAAUAACAUCAUUCAGAAUGUUCUAGCUACCAUCCAUUUUAGGAAAGCUACAUCUUGAACUGUAAGGGUCGUCGCUGGGACUAAUGAAGGGGUGUGUCUAUUGAUAUGAGAUACCAUGUCAUCAUAUCUACUGUACUAUGGUGGGUUAGGAAAAGAUCUGACCACUCUGUGCAACUCACAUAUUUUUCUAUAAUGAAAUACUGUGUACAGAAAUAUUUUAAAAGUGUGUUUUUUUAACAUGGUUGUUUGACGUGACUGAUAGUUACUUUUGCCUUAAAUUGUAUUUUGUUGUUGUGUAGAAUUAUGAAAAUUACAUUAUUAUCCUAAUUGUUUGACCAAAGUAGGAGUUUGACAUUCAUGAGAAAGUGCGUUGUAUCUACUUGGUAUUUUGUCUUGUAUACAUUUGAAGUAUAUUCUGAAAGGGAGUCAUGCGUCAUGCAUGCACUGUGAGUGUGUGUUAUUGUGUGUGUGUACAUUUCUUUAUAUUCAAGUAUUAAGUAUUUAUGGUGUAAAUACCUGUAGCUCCAAUAUGCUCCUGAGCACGACAAGUAAAGACCAUGUAUUCUGGAGGGAGAAGUCAAAGGUUGUUCAGUGUUGCCUGCUCUUAAAGGCAGGAGUAGUAGUGUGCUCUUAAAGGCAGGAGUAGUAGUGUGUUCUUAAAGGCAGGAGUAGUAGUGUGUUCUUAAAGGCAGGAGUAGUAGUGUGCUCUUAAAGGCAGGAGUAGUAGUGUGUUCUUAAAGGCAGGAGUAGUAGUGUGUUCUUAAAGGCAGGAGUAGUAGUGUGCUCUUAAAGGCAGGAGUAGUAGUGUGCUCUUAAAGGCAGGAGUAGUAGUGUGCUCUUAAAGGCAGGAGUAGUAGUGUGUUCUUAAAGGCAGGAGUAGUAGUGUGUUCUUAAAGGCAGGAGUAGUAGUGUGCUCUUAAAGGCAGGAGUAGUAGUGUGCUCUUAAAGGCAGGAGUAGUAGUGUGCUCUUAAAGGCAGGAGUAGUAGUGUGCUCUUAAAGGCAGGAGUAGUAGUGUGCUCUGAAAGGCAGGAGUAGUAGUGUGUUCUUAAAGGCAGGAGUAGUAGUGUGCUCUUAAAGGCAGGAGUAGUAGUGUGCUCUUAAAGGCAGGAGUAGUAGUGUGCUCUUAAAGGCAGGAGUAGUAGUGUGCUCUUAAAGGCAGGAGUAGUAGUGUGCUCUUAAAGGCAGGAGUAGUAGUGUGCUCUUAAAGGCAGGAGUAGUAGUGUGCUCUUAAAGGCAGGAGUAGUAGUGUGCUCUUAAAGGCAGGAGUAGUAGUGUGCUCUUAAAGGCAGGAGUAGUAGUGUGCUCUCAUAUGGGUCAGAUUUAACACCAAGAAUUGCACUGGCAAGGUUUUUAUAACUGUUGAGAAAGAGCAAGAGCUUUAGAGUUGUCUCAGGGUUAAGCUUCAAACCCCAUUGACUGGAGAAGAAUCCUCUCUGUUGGCAGGAAAUCCGAAGCAUAGAGAGAGUGAGAGAGAGUGAGAGAGAGUCCGUUAUUUGCUUUCCUCUUUUAUUGAACCACAUAGAGUAACACACCUUUGGGCCGGUACCUAAGCUUACUAAACUAAUGACAGAACAGUAGCUAUAUUUAAAACAUACCAAGUCUCUGUAUCCCCAUCCCUAUAAUAAUGUCAAUAACAUACCAGCAACAAUGUCCUGGUCUGAGGGUGAAUACUGUUGAUAGGAUGAUAUACAGUUGGAUUUGUGAUUUGUAUCUUGAUCAUGACAAUGUCAUCUGAUCGUGGCGAUGUCUGAACUUAUCAUUCCCAUCAAUAUAAUGUGUUGUACACUGUAUGGUACUCACUGUAUUUUCAACGACACUACCAUUGGGUGUUGUACAGUACGCCAUUUACAGUAAUUCUGAUUUCAGCUGGCCUGUUUCCUAUAAAAUGUGGUGGGAAGGACAAAAAAAUUGUCAUUCAAUAUUUUACAUAAUUUAUGUGAAUUAAGUGAUAUUUGUUUAUUUAUUGUCAUGCUAUUCUAUCUUGAGGAAAAAUGUAUGGUCAGAGUUACACUGCUGCAGAAAUCAAAUUGAACAUUUUGUACAGUUUUAAUGUAGUGGAAACAUUUGUUUAUAUGAUAUAGUUUCUUGUAAUUGUGUUAUUGGACUUCAACCAUCUCUCACUAUCCUGUCAGUAAUAAAAAAAAAAGAGCACAGAC